GGGACCAGGAGCGGGUAAGGACCGGCAGGAGCGGGCAGGGACCGGCAGGGACCGGCAGGACCGCGGCCAUGCCGGGGUCGCCCCUCGCCCCGCUGCUGCUGCUGCUGCUCCUGCUGGGCCCCCCGCCGCCCCCCGCCCACGCCGCGCCCCCCCAGCCCGGCCGGCCCCACGGCACGGCCAGCGGGACCCCCAAACCCAGUGGGGUGUCCCACAGAAAGGGCAGCACGACAGUACCCCCCAAAGCCAGCGGGGUGUCCCCCACCAAGGCCAUCGCCGGGGGAGGACCCCCUAAAAGCAGCGAGACGCCCCCCUGGAAGAGCAGCACGGCGGGACCCCCCAAAGCCAGCGGGGUGUCCCCCAGAAAGAGCAGCACGACAGGACCCCCCAAACCCAGCGGGCUGCCCCCUCCGAAGGGCACCACGGCCACCCCCGCGAGGAGCAGCGCCACGACGGGACCCCCGAAGGGCAGCACGGUCCCCCCGGUGCGGGGCAGCGCGACCCCCGCCACCCCCGGCCCCUCCCGGGACGGGGACCCCGCGGUCACCGCCCCGGCGCCCAAGGUGAGCACGGUGGCGGUGAGGAGGAGGAAGGUGGUGAGGAAGAAGGUGGUGAAGAAGAAGAAGGUGCUGAGGAAGAAGCCGGAGGCUCCGGCCGCUCCGCAGGAGCCCUCGUGCCCCCCCCUGGGGCUGGAGUCCCUGCGGGUGCUGGACACGCAGCUCCAGGCGUCGAGCCAGAAGCGGCACGGGCUGGGCGCGCACCGCGGCCGCCUCAACAUCCAGUCGGGGCUCUACGAUGGCGAUUUCUACGACGGCGGCUGGUGCGCGGGGCGCGAGGACACGGAGCAGUGGCUGCAGGUGGACGCCCGGCGCCUCACCCGCUUCACUGGCAUCGUCACCCAGGGCCUCAACUCCAUCUGGACGUACGAUUGGGUGACGUCCUACAAGGUGCAGGUCAGCAACGACUCGCACGCGUGGCUGCCCAGCCGCAACGGCACCGAGGAGGCGGUGUUCCCCGCCAACAAAGACCCCGAGACGCCGGUGCUGAACGUGCUGCCCGUGCCACUCGUGGGGCGCUUCCUGCGCAUCAACCCCCAGAGCUGGUUCCCCAACGGCACCGUGUGCCUGCGGGCCGAGGUGCUGGGCUGUCCCCUGCCCGACCCCAGCGAUGCCCACGCCUGGCACCCUCCAUCCCCACCCGAAUCUCAGCUGGAUUUCCGCCACCACAACUACAAGGAGAUGAGAAAGCUGAUGAAGAGGGUGAGCGAGGAGUGCCCUGACAUCACCCGCGUGUACAGCAUCGGGCAGAGCUCCCGCGGGCUGCGCCUCUACGUGAUGGAGAUCUCCGACAACCCCGGGCAGCACGAAGUCGGAGAGCCGGAGUUCCGCUACGUGGCCGGGAUGCACGGGAACGAGGUGCUGGGCCGGGAGCUGCUGCUGAACCUGAUGGAGUUCCUGUGCCGGGAAUUCCGGCUGGGCAACCCCCGCGUGGUGCAGCUGGUGACGGGCACGCGCAUCCACCUGCUGCCCUCCAUGAACCCCGACGGCUACGAGACUGCCUACAAGCUGGGCUCGGAGCUGGCGGGAUGGGCCAUGGGCCGCUGGACGUACGAGGGCAUCGACCUCAACCACAACUUCGCCGACCUGAACACGGCGCUGUGGGACGCCGAGGACAACGACCUGGUGCCCCACGAGUUCCCCAACCACUACAUCCCCAUCCCCGAGUACUACACCUUCGCCAACGCCACGGUGGCCCCGGAGACGCGGGCGGUGAUCGCGUGGAUGCAGCGCUACCCGUUCGUGCUGAGCGCCAACCUGCACGGCGGCGAGCUGGUGGUCACCUACCCCUUCGACAUGAGCCGCACCUACUGGAAGGCGCAGGAGCUGACCCCCACGCCCGACGACGGCGUCUUCCGCUGGCUGGCCACCGUCUACGCCACCGCCAACCUGGCCAUGGCCCGCGGCGAGCGCCGGCCCUGCCACCAGCACGACUUCACGCGCUUCGGCAACAUCAUCAACGGCGCCAACUGGCACACGGUGGCUGGCAGCAUGAACGACUUCAGCUACCUGCACACCAACUGCUUCGAGAUCACCGUGGAGCUCUCCUGUGACAAAUUCCCGCACGCCUCCGAGCUGCCCCACGAGUGGGAGAACAACCGCGAGUCCCUGCUGCUCUUCAUGGAGCAGGUGCACCGCGGGAUCAAGGGCGUGGUCCGGGACAGUGACACCGAGCAGGGCAUCCCCAACGCCAUCAUCUCCGUGGAUGGCAUCAACCACGACGUCCGCACCGCCUCGGACGGGGACUACUGGCGGCUGCUGAACCCGGGCGAGUACGAGGUGACGGCGCGGGCCGAGGGCUACGAGGCGGCCACGCAGCCGUGCCGGGUCUACUUCGAGAACGUCCCCACCCCGUGCAGCUUCCGCCUGGCGCGGGCGCGGGGCCGCCACCGGCCCGGGAGGACCCGGCCGGGCCCCGACCCGGCCCUGCGGCUGCAGCGGCUGCGCCUCCGCCGCCUGCGCGCCCACGGCCGCGGGCAGUGACCGGGGCCGCCCCGGGGCCGCGGGCUCGGCCGGGGGGCGCGGGGGAACCGGGCGGGACGGCUCCCAGUAAAGUUCGGGUGCGCUGCC